AUGUUUCCAUUGAGGGCGGCUUUGGACCUGAGUGGGCAAGGAGUAAGUGCUUGUCGAGAAAGUGUAUGCAAAGUGGACUUUAAGAAUUCCUCAUUCGAGCAGUUGGAAGUGUGCAACUUGUCGGCCGAUGUUGAAGACGAGAUCGAGCGAAUGACGGGAGUGGUGCGCGAUGAUGGGAAAGAGACUGGAUCCUGGCAAGAGGAUCAAUGUGGUGGCUCGUGGAGCAGUCAAGCGAACACCGCUGGGGGAUGUAUCAAUUAUAUUUCCACUUUCCCGAAGAAUCCACAAUUCCAAUUGUCGCUCACGAACGCAAAGAACGGGGUCGAAGGCGAAGUCGAAAAAGCUGGCACGUUUAAAAUGGAU